CGGCAUUGCUCGCCGUCGAGCGCACGAUCUGCACGGACACUUGUUACUGCAUUCAGAUGGCUUUGGAGCGUCGGCUGCAUCUGCCUCAAGGGUGACGAGCUCAGGGCUUCUGCCUUGCUUGAAUUUCGGGUCAACAUGCUACUGCAUGGUAUUACUUCUUCCUGCGCACAGAAUCAGAUGAAGACGGCACAUUCUUUCCGAAAACGGCUGUGGGCUUAACCUUACUCCACGAUGAACAUCCUACUUUAGUCGUCGGCUGGUAGCUGAUCAUGUCUUUCGUUUUUUUCCAUCUACCGAUCAGAACAGCGUUCAAAUCAUCAUGGCAGCAGUUACAACAAACGGCUCCAAGGCUACCCUCGAUUUCACAACUUUCAAGAACAUAAUCAACAAUGAACUCGUUGAUACGGUGAAGCACCAUUACGGAAUAAACCCCGCAACACUGGAGAAGCUCCCAAACGUCCCGAUCGCAAAUAAAGUCGAUCUUGAUAAUGCCGUUAAGGCUGCUCGUGCUGCCUUUGAGAAAUGGCGGAACGUGUCCCGCGAAGAGCGCAAUGCUGCGGUCUUGAAGUUUGCAGAUUUAAUUGAGGCCAAUGCUGAUGGCUUCACUAAACUAUUGACUUUGGAGCAAGGCAAACCUACUCCACAGGCUACGUUCGAAGUUGGAGGAUGUGUAACUUGGCUUCGUGCCUUGUCCCAGAUCAAAGUGGAUGAUGAAGUAUUCGAAGAUACCACGGAGAGAAAGGUUGUCACGAGAUUCACACCAAUUGGAGUGGUUGGAGCUAUUGUUCCGUGGAACUUCCCUUGUCUCUUGAACAUUGGCAAGAUCGGUCCCGCGGUCCUCAUGGGCAACACGAUCAUCGUCAAGCCGUCUCCAUUUACUCCGUACACUGCUCUCAAAUUUGCAGAACUGGCAUCGAAAUGCUUUCCACCAGGAGUCGUCCAAGCACUAUCUGGUGACGAUAAUUUAGGCCCCUGGAUGACAGCUAUCGAAGGGAUCGAUAAGAUUUCCUUCACCGGUUCUACUGUUACUGGUAAGAAGGUGGCCGCGAGCGUAGCAGCAACAAUGAAACGUCUAACCCUCGAGCUUGGCGGCAAAGACCCAGCUAUUAUCUGCGCCAGCGUCGAUAUCCCCAAAGUCGCAGCAGAAGUAUGUACAUAUGCCUUCCUCAAUUCCGGGCAGGUCUGCCUGGCCAUUAAGCGUGUUUAUAUCCACAGCUCUAUCUAUGCUGCCUUCCGAGAUGCCAUGGUCAAGUACACCAAGGCCCUCAAAAUUGGCAAUGGCCUUGAUGAAAAUGUAUUCUUUGGACCUAUUCAGAACGAAAUGCAAUAUAAAAAGGUGAGGAGUUUGUUCGAUGACAUCGCGAAGGAAAAGUGGAAGGUUGCGGUUGGAGGAACUAUUGACACGGAUAUAACGGGCUAUUUUAUUAACCCGACAAUUGUUGAUAACCCGAGUGAUGAGUCGAGGAUCGUCAAAGAGGAGCCCUUUGGCCCGAUACUUCCAAUCUUGUCCUGGGAUACUGAAGAAGAGGUCAUUAAACGGGCAAAUGCUUCGGAGCUGGGUCUUGGUGCUUCUGUAUGGAGCAAUGACAUGGAGGAAGCUGAGCGCAUUGGAAAUCAAAUCGAGGCUGGAACUGUUUGGAUUAACACGCACUUCGAUGUCUCCCCGGUUAUCCCAUUUGGCGGCCAUAAACAGUCUGGCCUCGGUGUUGAGGGGGGUGUUGCUGGUAUGAAAGGGAUGUGUAACCAACAGACCUUGAAUAUACAUAAGAUUAAGUAGUCUAGUCUAAUUCGAACG